GGUCUGGACCCGGGGCAGGGGCGGGUCCCGGCCGGUGCCCUGCCCAGCGGGCGGGCUCCGGCCUCGGCCCUAAACCGCGGCCGCGGGGCCAAUCCGGCCUCUGGGGCUCACCCGGGCAGCCUUUCCGGGCCCGCGGCUUCCUCCAGCCCGCCCCGCCCCUUGGACUCCCGAGGCCGCCCCCGGCCCCCAUUCGGGCCCGGCCUCGCGGCGGCGGCGGCGGCAACUCGGCAGCGCUCCGCCGCGUCCCCGAGUCCCGGGAGUCGGCGCGGCGCGGCAGGGGCAGCCUUCCAUCACGGAGAGCCCAGCUGUCAGCUGCCUGGUGAGAAGAUGCUGUGUGGACCGAGCAGCACGGGUGUGAGUGUGGCCCCCGCCCUGGGAGUGCUGUGGUUCUGCCUCACAGGGGCCGCGGUGGAAGUCCAGGUUCCGGAAGACCCCGUGGUGGCCCUCGUGGGCACCGACACCACCCUGCGCUGCUCCUUCUCGACCGAGCCCGGCUUCAGCCUGGCACAGCUCAACCUCAUCUGGCAGCUGACAGACACCAAACAGCUGGUGCACAGCUUCGCCGAGGGCCGCGACCAGGGCAGCGCCUACGCCAACCGCACAGCGCUCUUCCCAGACCUGCUGGCUCAGGGCAAUGCGUCCCUGAGGCUACAGCGCGUGCGCGUGGCUGAUGAGGGCAGCUUCACCUGCUUCGUGAGCAUCCGGGACUUCGGCAGCGCCGCGGUCAGCCUGCAGGUGGCAGCCCCCUACUCAAAACCCAGCAUGACCCUGGAGCCCAACAAGGACCUGAGGCCUGGGGACACGGUGACCAUCACGUGCUCCAGCUACCAGGGCUACCCCAAGGCCGAAGUGUUGUGGCAGGAUGGACAGGGUGCGCCCUUGACCGGCAACGUAACCACGUCGCAGAUGGCCAACGAACAGGGCUUGUUCGACGUGCACAGUGUGCUGAGGGUGGUGCUGGGCGCUAAUGGUACCUACAGCUGCCUGGUGCGCAACCCCGUGCUGCAGCAGGACGCUCACGGCUCGGUCACCAUCACGCCCCAUAGGAACCCCGCAGGUGCAGUAGAAGUCCAGGUUCCGGAAGACCCCGUGGUGGCCCUCGUGGGCACCGAUGCCACCCUGCGCUGCUCCUUCUCGACCGAGCCCGGCUUCAGCCUGGCACAGCUCAACCUCAUCUGGCAGCUGACAGACACCAAACAGCUGGUGCACAGCUUCGCCGAGGGCCGCGACCAGGGCAGCGCCUACGCCAACCGCACAGCGCUCUUCCCAGACCUGCUGGCUCAGGGCAAUGCGUCCCUGAGGCUACAGCGCGUGCGCGUGGCUGAUGAGGGCAGCUUCACCUGCUUCGUGAGCAUCCGGGACUUCGGCAGCGCCGCGGUCAGCCUGCAGGUGGCAGCCCCCUACUCAAAACCCAGCAUGACCCUGGAGCCCAACAAGGACCUGAGGCCUGGGGACACGGUGACCAUCACGUGCUCCAGCUACCGGGGCUACCCCGAGGCCGAAGUGUUGUGGCAGGAUGGACAGGGUGCGCCCUUGACCGGCAACGUAACCACGUCGCAGAUGGCUAACGAACAGGGCUUGUUCGACGUGCACAGUGUGCUGAGGGUGGUGCUGGGCGCUAAUGGUACCUACAGCUGCCUGGUGCGCAACCCCGUGCUGCAGCAGGACGCUCACGGCUCGGUGACCAUCACAGGACAGCCCAUGACGUUCCCCCCCGAGGCCCUGUGGGUGACCGUGGGGCUCUCCAUCUGCCUUGUCGCACUGCUGGUAGCCCUGGCCUUCGUGUGCUGGAGAAAGAUCAAACAGAGCUGCGAGGAGGAGGAUGCAGGAGCUGAGGAUCACGAUGGGGAUGGAGAAGGAUCCAAGACGGCCCUGCGGCCCCUGAAACACUCUGAAAACAAAGAAGAUGAUGGACCAGAAAUAGUCUGACGGCGAGGCUCAGGGAGCUGCAGCCCCUGCCCUGGGGCUCCCACCUCUGGCUGCACUGGAGCCUCAGUGUGAGCUCUGGGCUGGGGCCUUCCCUGCCUCCAACAGAUGGCGUCCACUCUGGCGGAUCUCCUCAUUCUGCAAAGGACACGAUACACAGACCACCCUGCAGCCUUACUUCUCUGAUGGACACGAUUCCCGAGUCAUCCUGCUGCCUUAUUUCUCCAGUGACAGGAUACCUAAAUCAUCUCGCCGCUUAUUCCUCACGGACGCAAUGCACAGACCUCCCUGCCGCCGUAUUUCCCCAAUGGAUAUGCUACACGGACCAUCUGGCUGCCAUUUUUCUUCAAAGAUGUGGUACACAGUCUCCCCUCGCCUUGUCUCCGAUGGUCCAGAUACACUAGCUAUCACUUCUCAGCCUUCUCCCCCAUCUGUCCGUAACUCCAUCUCCUCAGCAGAGGCCACUGCAGCCUUAGUAUUUCCUCCAGACUAGAGGCGUCGCCUCGUGCUCUGGCCCCAAAGUCAGCCUCUUCCCUCCUCCACUAAGUGAAUACAGGGCCCCUCCCCCAGGCAUGCAGACAAGCAGGUGCACGUGCUGGAACACGUGAGGACCUCCCCCGGCCCUGCCUCUUCCGGGGCGCCCCGGGCUGUGCCCUGUGAGCCCCACCCUCCACCCACCCUCCCCACGGGAAGGACGUGCUGGUCACACCAGGUCUCUGGGCGGCUGCAUGGGCCCCCUUGUGAUCUGCUGCUGUCCCUCUGCUUUUCCUUUCAUUGAUCCAUUCAAGUAACGUUCACGGAGCAUCUCUGGGCAUCAGCACUGUGUUAGGUACUGGGGACCCUGUGUGAGAAGACAAGCCCCUCCCUAAGGAGCGCGCCCUUCAGCGGAGAAACCUGUGAGGCAAGAGGGACUUGUGAGGGGCUCCUGCCAUGCUUCCUGCUGAACCCCUCUUCUGGACCACAGUUCCCAGGAUACCUCACUCCCAUCCCACCCAGAAUCCUUGCUCAGAGACCUGGAAAGAGAGACAGAGCCUCUCGCCACAACUGGAGCAUCUGAUGGUUUCCAAAGUGUCUUUCCAGGCAUGCACAGCGGGGACAGGCAGCCCAGACCCGACAGACCCCGGGGAGCUGAGAGCUGCUGCGCAGGGGAAGCCUGAGGGCAGGGACAGCCCCUCCCCCACCAUGGUGCUAUUCCGGAGCUGGGCAGACAGUUUCUGGCAUGUCUCCCGCCAGUCCCCAGCCUCCAGUGGAGUAAACUUCUGAGGACCUGAUGUCCUCCUGUUGACAUCCCUCCCUUCACCAGGAAUGAAAGAUGUGGGGGUUUCUAAUUUAAAUGUGGGACUCAGAAAUUUUGUUAACUGGGGGUGCAUUUUGGGAAAAAUAAAUGCCUUUGUAGAAA